AUGUUGACAACUCUCAUUCCUGUUUCAAUUGUUUUCUUCUUGGUCUGCAAUGCAGCUAUUCGCACUCCAAAUCAGACGGUCCAUUCGGUGGUGACGGGUUCGAAAGUGCCGAUUCGUCCGAAAGGCUUCGCUCCCGGCCACGAUCCGAAGCAACUGGCGAUUCAGAGAUUCAAACUGUUGGUGUCUGACUUCCUGACGGAUGCCCAGCUUUCAAAGGUCGUUGCGAAUGUAUUCUAUUCUCAAACCUCUUAUAUUCAUUUCAGAGUAUUGACGUGGCAACAGUUGGAAUGCACAAAGGAAAAUCACUGGAGGAUAUAAUGGAUGGUAUGAAACCCAACAUGAUUUCAAGCAACUCAAGAGUAAAUUAUUCAGGUGUUAAUGUGCGUCUUCGCAGAAUGCUCUCCACAAAUCAGUUAAGUGAGCUGACGAACGCGCAAAAAGGAUUGGUGGCUGAUUUGGACGAAAACACGGCUAGAUUGGUGAAGUCGAGGAUCAGAAGGAUGAUAGUUUACUCUUUCGAUCCGGCCGCAGAACAAAUCCACACUUUCGCCACGAAGCCGUCGAUGGCAUUCGCUUUGAUUGCUGAAACGCUGAACGAACGAUUCGUCGGUUCGGUGAAAGGACUGAUCCGGGACGUGCUGACUGCCCAGGAAUACGACGCCUUCCGGAAGAAUUAUCAUGGCAUCUUCAAGUUGGACGACGCGAAGACAUUGAAGAGUUCGGAGAAGCAUGGAGAAUCUGGAGAAGAGAAGCCAAAAGAGAAGAAACUCGGAUAA